AUGCUCAAAAAUGUAUUUAUCUUUAAGCCCGCUGGCAAUGCUGCAGUGGACUCUGUUGCUUGCUUCGACAUCUUCUGGAUGUGCUGGAAGUUAAAUGGCAUUGCCGUGAACUCCAACAAAUGGUAUAUAACGCUCUACGACAUCGCCGUGAACAUCUUCAUCACCAUCUUCUAUCCCAUACAUCUCACCGUCGGUCUCUUUAUGGUGCCCACACUCGCCGACGUGUUCAAGAACUUGGCUAUAAAUAUAACCGACGUCGCUUGCAGCACAAAACAUUAUCUUUUCCGUUACAAGCUACCCAAGAUACGUGAGUUGCAGCGUCUGCUGAAGCAAUUGGAUGAGCGCGUGCUGGCGCCGAACGAGCGUGAAUAUUUCGAUAAGAAGAUACGCCUUGGCGUGCGUAAUAUUAUGUUACUCUUCUGUGCAUCGUAUGCGGCAGACGCAUUGGCCUCCGCCAUAGAUGUGUUGUCCAAAAACGAGCGCGAGUUGAUGUAUCCCGCUUGGUUUCCAUUCGAUUGGUCGGCCAACCGGUUUACUUACUAUGGUGCGGUCUUCUAUCAGAUCUUUGGUGUGUCGCUGCAGAUUGUGCAAAAUUUGGCACACGACACUUUUGCGCCAGUGGGACUGUGCGUAAUUUCAGGUCAAGUGCGAUUGCUGGCGAUGCGUGUGUCGAAGGUGGGUUAUGAUGAGUCCAAGUCGCUUGCACAGAAUGAACAGGAGCUGAAUGAGUGCAUUGAGGAUCAUAAGAAGUUGUUGCGUAUCUUCGAUCUGAUGCAAGAUGUUUUCUGGUACACCCAACUAGUUCAAUUCUCCUCAGUCGGUUUGAAUAUUUGCUUGACUGUGGUGUUUUUGCUACUCUUUGUGGACAAUCUCUUUGGCUACGUCUAUUAUACGGUUUAUUUCAUCUCAAUGGCUAUAGAGCUGCUGCCAGCCUGUUAUUAUGGUAGCAAUAUGCAGGAGGAGUUUCAAAAUCUCCCUUACGCGAUCUUUAAAUGCAAUUGGAUACCGCAGCGAAGGGGAUUUCAACAGAAUCUGCGCAUCUUCACGGAGCUCUCGCAUAAGCAGCUAACACCAACUGCUGGCGGAAUUAUUAAUAUUCACUUGACCUCGUUUGUGGCCACCUGCAAAAUGGCUUACUCGCUCUACACGAUGUUGAUGAAUAUAUAA